UGCGAUCACUGUCGACGGAGAAGUACGAAGUUCCACUUUCACUCCCCCAUCCCAAUUGCUUAUCGUCCAAUUCCCUGAUUCGCCUUACCCGUUGUUGCGUCCAUGAGUUUCCGUGCGAUCCUACCUCUUCCCAGCAGUCUGCCGCCUGGACAGUCUAUAUGUCGCCUUCAUGGAAUUCGCUGCGAUGGCAAGUUUCCUUGUGAGCAAUGCGUGCACGCUUCUCUCACAUGCAAGCGCGAGCACGUCCCCAAGAAGAGGGGUCCGAAGCGCGGCCAUGGGCGGGUCAUAAACGAGCUGCGUGCGAGGGAGUCGUCACACAAACUGCAGCAACCGCUGGCGGGCCAGAAGCAUUUCAUUGCAGAUAAUGAGCUGGAGAGUCCUACAGAGUAUGUGCGACGCCGACUGUCAGCAGCCUGCCCGCCGCUGAACAUGGACAGCAUCGACAUGGGGAUGAGCGGUAGCGACCUAGGAGAGGCGGCGUCUCAUUCUUCCAACGCCUCCGCAGCGUCGACCCCGCCGGGUUUCUGGGCCGCCGUCACAUCAAACCCGGCACACAACAACGUACCGGAGCCCAGAGGCAUGUUCUCCAGCGAUGAGCUGCGACCGAGGACGAGGAGCUAUCUGCACAUGAUCCCGCAGCUGGUCGAAUUAUACUACGAACACAUCUACCCAAUCAUGCCGCUCAUCUACAUGCCAUCGAUACGCAAGACGAUCAGUCGGCCAAUGGCGCCGAGCGAGAAGAACCUGGUCUAUGCCUUGUGCGCCCUGACAUCAAUGCACAUGUCUGGCAAGAGCAUAGGUGCACCGGGCCCGACGUCGUGGGAGGUCGUCGGUCGCUUCUUCCUGGACGAGACCAUCUCAACGAGGCAUUCGUACGACUUCCUUGAGGAUUUGUCCCUGUCUGCCGUGAUUUCGUCGUUUUACCUCAGCACGUCGUUUUUCGAGAUUAACCAGUCGCGCAAAUCGUGGUACUACUUGCGAGAAGCGUUGACAAACGCACAGGACCUAGGACUACAGGACGACUCGACGUACUACGGGCUGAGCCGCGAGGAGACGCUUUGUCGGCAGAGGGUUUUUUGGAUCCUCUUCGUGACGGAAAGGUCGUUUGCGAUUCUGCGCAACAAACCAAUCACGUUCAAGAGGACGCCGUCGCUACCAACAACGCGGCACCCCUACGAGACUCCAGAUAUCCACGCCGGGUUCCUGCAGCUCGUUUCUUCGUACACCCCGCUAGACGAAUCCUUCGUCACGGCAUGGAAUGAGGGCUCCGACCCCCGCGUCAGCGCGACGACGUUUUUGGCGCUGCAGAACCUUCUCGCCCUGCCGCCCCCAUUUCUUCGUCCCCGAGGGCGGUCGCCGCCGAGGGAACAGCACGAGCAGCUUAUGGACUCUUUCGGCACAAGGUCUGCCGCUGCCGGAGAUUCGGGAGCGCCGGAGCCAACGGAUAUCCAAAAGGCGGACUUGCUCAUCACGCAGCAAUGGCUCCGCCUCAUUGUCUGGCAAUCGUCUAUGCGGCAAGGUCUGCUGAGUUGGACGAAUCCGGCCGACUCGGGUGUCGAUGGAUCAUCGGGCGCCGGAGCCGGAGGAGGAAGCAGCAUGUGUUUCUCCUUUCCGCUGACAGUUGCGCGCGAUACUGCCUCGAUCCUGUCGAGCCUGCCGAGCAAAGCCGUCGAGGUACACGGCAUGGGCAUCAUGGAAAAGAUUUACGAAAUCGGAACAUGGUGUGUCAACGUACUGGGCGCCUGCGAGAGCGUUGGGUUCUCGACAGCCAUGGACUUCACCUCUGGCGACAUGGGCGUACUGGGCAGCGGCAGGAAAGGGGCUAGCCUGGACCCGAUUGAAUUUUUCGUCCGGACAUUGAGCGCGAGCGAUAACUCACGAAAACAGUUUGCCGAGAAGCUGCUCACCGCUGCCGGGGAGAAUCCUGGAAGUAUGAGAACGCAGCUCAGUCCAGCCAUGUCCGGGAUGGGGGCCGCUGCGGCCGCCAUGAUGGCUAGCAGCCAACAAGGGCCCAACGCGAUGGAUGCAGUAGGAUGGGGCCAACAGCGGGGCAGCGUCGUAGGUGAGGUUUUUGACGACAGCGAAGAGAGCAAUAGCAACACGCAUCAUCAGCAUCAGCAACAGCAUCAGCAACAGCAACAGCAACAAGAACAGCAACGGCAACAGCAACAUCAGCGACUGGACAUGGGCGGCACCUCGGUGUCUCAUCAGCCCGGCAUGCAAGGUAUGGGAAUGGGCAUCGACCUCGGCACCAGAGAGACGACGGGCGGUCUGGCUGCUGUAGACAUGGACACGAGCAGCGUUGAUUUGAUGAGCCCCCUAGGUUUGACAAGAAGCAAUACAUCUGAUCUGGCGACCAUGGGCAUGCCUGCUUUUGAGACGACAUGGAGCCCCAGCAGCGGCGAUACGGGCCCGCGAGAGUACGCAGACUACGGCACCGGGCCAUUCACGACGCAGAGAGAAAGAGGGCCGCCAGGCUAUACCGAUAUGGGCAACGCACUGCUGAUGCAUGAACGAAUGGCAGCCGGUGUGGGAGGCCCCGUUGGCGGAGCGAACCCUGUGAUGGUCGAGCGUCAGCCACAUCAACUUCAGCCAGGAGAUGACGGACCUUAUGGUCCGAGGAGAGACGACAAGAACGGUGGAUACCCAAACGGGGGUAGGAUAGGCCUCUGGCUGGGGACAUGAGCCAGCUUACAGACUGGUGCGCGAGGCGAGACGAGACGCCACGAGACGAGACGGUACGGCAAAGCAAGCCACGGCACCACAUCGGACGGACUGACGGCCGGUUUAUUGUACUCAUAUUCCAGUUUUGGAUCAUUUGGCGACGGUGCAAACUUGGGAGCAUUCUACACGCUAAUCUUUUUUCUUAUUCUUUCUAGCAAAACGGGGAGGGAAAAAAAGUUUUGGGAUAGUCGGUCAAGGGGAAGGAAGGGUGUGUUUCUGUCUUUUUUUUUUUUUGAGGGG